AUGAAUUCAAGCUCAGACAAGUUGACUCAAACAAAUAUGACAAAAAAUAGAAGCCUGACUUCAUUGGAAAGUGGAUUUGUUAGUUUAAAUGAACUUAAAACAAAAGAACAAAUGGCUGUUGAAAUUGAUUUAAUUUCUAAUAAAAAUGAGAAAAAGAAAGAUGCCGUAAUUUUUACAAAAUUUGGAAAGGUAGUCAAUUCUUUCAAGGAGAUGGGGGAAAAGAUAAAUCUCAUGGCUAAGGUUUAUUUUUUUGUUAAUUUUUGCCUAGUAUUAGGGUUUUCUCGGUCGAUUUAA